AUAACCUGAUAUCCUAAGGGACCAAAUCGAUAUAAAUAGAAAAGGUACAAUUCAAAAGUUACAUUACCUAUUUUGGAUUCAUCGAGUAUACUACGUAAGAACUCAAAAUGUACAAAUCAGGGAUUUUAUUGUUAGCAAUCGUUUAUGCAACCUUAGCUGCUGAAAUCCCAGCACCUAAUAUGCUGGAGAAACUAUCAACUUUCAAACCUGUUGAUAUAUCAAUGGAAACACAGCAUGUUUUCAAAAAAGAUAUACAGUACGAAAAAGAGCAUCAUCCUGUAUACAGAGGUGAAGAUUACAAGAACGAAGGUAGAGCGAGGAUAGAGCCAGUAAGAUCUCAAGGACCGGUUGUGAAACAUGAUAUGUUAGCUGAUGACUCCGCCGUAGGUUCUACCGAUGUCAAUAGAGUGGACAAUUUACCUUUACCCGAAUACGGUUACGGACACCCACCAUCGGAAGUAGCAUAUCCUGAUAUUCCAUAUGCUCCUGGGUAUGGUUACGGCAAUGGUUACGAUGUAUAUGGGAAUAGUCUGAGCGAUUACCUGUUAGAGCCUGAUACGUCAACCUUUGGACUUCUUUGGAGCCAAGUGCCUGAUUCUAGAAUAAUUGUUCACUUGAUGGGCAGAACUAUCGGCUGGAUCUUGAACAGCGUCUUCGUUUUACUCAUUGGGUCUCUUAUCACCGUUGGAGUUUGUUCCUACACUAAUCUGUGCACAAUAACAUUUCAAGGAGUCGGUCCCAUACAUGAAGAAAUGAGGUCUUUCAUAACACCAGAACGCUUAGAGAAGAUCAGUACUGCUGCCAACUUUGUGAAGACGGCCAUAGACAAAUACCAAAAGAUACAGAAAGUUACAGACCAGGGUAUUAGAAAACGAAGUGUAUUGUAAAUUUAAAGAAUCAAAAUUUCAAUU